AUGAGCACCCAGCAUGGUUAUGGACCUGUGGUCAAUGGCACGCAAAUUGUUUUCUAUGAGUAUCAGCCUAACAAAGCAGCGGGAUUCGUAUUUGUCGCUCUUUUUGGCGCAGUGACCGUUGCUCACAUCCUCUAUAGUCUUAUCAUCUUACGCGCAUGGCACUUCAUUCCCUUCAUCUUAGGCGGUAUCUUCGAAACCUUCGGAUACUACGGCCGCGCCGCCUCCGCCAGCGAUCCUGCCAAGACAGGUCCCUUCGUCCUACAAACUAUCCUACUCCUUGUCGCAGCACCGCUACUAGCAGCAACAAUCUACAUGACUGCUGGCCGAACGACCAUUGCGCUGAACGGGCAACAUCACUCCUGGGUUAGCCCGCGUUGGAUGACAAAAAUCUACGUGUUCGUGGACAUAGCUUGUAUACUGACCCAAUUUAUGGGAGCCGGACUCAUGACAUCCAAGGACAUGAGUAAAAUGGCCGAAAGCAAGGCGCUGAUCGUUGGUGGUUUGCUAACACAGCUUAUCGCCGUGACAGCUUUUAUAUUUUCCUGUGGCUAUGUGCAUUACAGACUUCGAUUGGAUUGCGUUGUUGUGUCGCUUCGGUGGGAGCGUGUCUUUGUUGCUAUCGAAAUCGCAGCCGUACUGUUGUUUGUCCGAAGCAUUGUGCGAGCGUUUGAAUAUCUGCAAGGAAGUGGCGGGUUUGUUGUUUCUCAUGAGAUAUUUGUUUAUGCCUUUGAUGCGAUGCCUAUGUGGAUUAUUAUGGCGUUGCUUUUGGUGUUUCAUCCUCAGCGAGUCGUGCAGGAGGUCCGUCGGCUUAAGGGUAAUGAUGUAUGGGAUGAUGGGCAUGUUCUAUUGGUGGAUCGUUCAUCUAAAUGA